GUUUUCCAGCAAGGACAUAGACUGUAUAACAUAGUGAAUCGUUUUAUUCUUGUUUAAUGUAAGCAAAUAUUAUCUGAUUGGGCCCUUGCUGGAAAGCACUCGUAUUAUUGUAACAACGCCAUCUGUAUGAAGUUUAUUCACUGAUGAUAACUAAUUCAAUUGCUGCAUAUAAAAGCAGAAAAGUCAGCUGAUACACAGUAGAAUGCAGUUUGACGCAACCUAACGUCGAAACUUUAUUCCGUAUCAUAGUUUUGCAGAAAAUAAUUAGUGAAAUAUAAUAAUUAGUAAUAAAAAAAAAUAGCAGCUCUGACAUUUCAAUAAUUUGAAUUAUUGGAGAACGUAUUAUAUAAUCCUUGCGAUUAUCUCUGUAAAUUCGUGCAGUUGUCAUUUGCAGUUUUCUGUAUUCCGCAUAUUCUGUUUGCAAACUGUAUAAACGAUGACGCAAGUUGAAGAUAUUUGCAGGUAUCUGUCCAGUGAUACUGUAUUCAAUAAAAUAAACAAACGAUUUAUAAGUAUGCCUUCUGAUGACAUAAAGCGUAAUAAUGAGCUCUUGAAACCGUUUUUUAAGGAAUUAGAAAACGCUAUGCGAAAACAAUGUCCGCUGUUUAAUAAAACAUUUCAAAAAAUUGAGUGGGCUGGUAGUUAUUAUAAAGGAACUCGAGUAGGCCAGCCAGAAGAAUACGAUUUAAAUUUUGUAAUCAAAUUGCCCUUCAAAGAAAAAGAUCUAAAGUUUAACACAGAUCGACCUGGUUUUACUAAAAUACGCAUUGAAAGAGAUAGUAACUCAUACAAUACUUUAAAUAUGGAUCCAAAAGCAUAUCGACAAUUAGAUUCCUUGAUCGACGAUCAAUCAUAUUUGAACCAACAAAAAUUCCGUACAUGGAUAGAAGGAAUUCUCAGUAAAGUGGCCAGGACUACUAGUGGACAUAACGAAAUUUCAUUUAAUGAUUAUUUACCAAUAAAGAUAAAAAAAUCAGGACCGGCGUUUACACUUGUAAUCCCACUUUCUGAAAGAACUAUCAACAUCGAUGUAGUUCCUGUUUUAGCUUUUUCACCUCAUAUUACUAUGCCACCAAGAUGUUCAAAAUGUGAGAUAUUACAAUCUGCUUCAGAGAAUAGAUGUUGGUUCACAGUUCCAAAACCAUUAGAUAACAGUAAAGGUUUUAAUGAUUCACAACAUCGCUAUUGGCGAUUGUGUUUUUACGAAUUUGAAAGAGACAUGAUUUGUAGCCAUAAUUAUGGGUCUAUGAAGCCUGUAAUACGACAAUUAAAGAAAUUGAGGGAUACUCAAAAAUGGAGCAGCAUCGCAAGUUAUUAUCUUGAAACAUUAUGUUACAAUAAAAAAGAAAUAUUUCAUAUUUCUGAAAAAAAAUCAUAUACUUUUUUAUUCUUCACGAUGUUAGAAGAACUUCACAAUGCUUUCCGCAAAGGAAAAAUAAAUUUCUAUUGGGAUAAUCAUUAUAAUUUGCUGGAGAAAAUCGGACCUGAGCAAAUGAGAAAUAUGGAGUGUAGAUUAGAUAAUGUUUUAAAAAGUAUAAGGAAGAACAUACAAAAUGAUCAAUAUGCAAUAGCUAAAUAUGUUUUAACCAGAAACGAAUUAGACAUUUUGGUAAAUCCAGUACGUGUACCGGAACCAGAACCAGAAUCCGAAUUUGAAAAUCUAAGUCAAAGGAAUUGCGUGAUUGUUUGACCAAUCAAGGAAGAAAUCAACAAUAUUGCUAAUACAGCGUAUCAUAGCGA